GCUGGUUCUCGGGAGGAGGGUACUGAUAAUGUCGGUGUGGCUCAUUUUUUAAAGAAUUUUGCUUUUAAGCAACAUGAAUUUUCUUACAUCAAGGAGAGCGUCAAUUUUGAAAGAGGUGCUGCUUCUGCUAUUCCUGAUGUCACAGUUAUGAAUGCUGCUCAUUCUGUGGCUUUCCGUCAUGGUCUUGGCAAUUCUUUAUUUGCUGAUGAUGCCACAAAAGUUUCAAAUAGUUCUGAUGUUAAAGCAUUUGCUAAUAAAGUUUAUAUUGCUCCAAACAUCAUGAUUGUGGGUACUUCUGUAAACCAUGGAGAGUUAUUAAAUCUUACAGAUUCAUUGUUUCAAAAUAUCAGUCACGCUGUUCCUUCUACUCCAAUUGCUUCAAAAUACUUUGGUGGAGAAUGUAGAAUUUCUACUCCAGGUGAUAGCCAUUUCGUUCUUGCUUUUUUAGGUGCUCCUGCGGGUACCCCCGAUUACGCUGCCCUUCAGAUUUUACGUUUUCUCGUUGAUGGUGAAAAGCACACAAAAUGGGGUGAAGGUGUCAAUGUAUUAGCUCAAAGAGCAAGUAAGCUUGAAGAUACAAAAAUUAGUUUCUUUAAUACUGGGUAUUCGGAUGCCG